ACUUUAGGUCUUGACAUCAGGGAUGAACAAAUCAAAGAAAUGGAGACCAAUAUUGAGAAUAUAGAUUUUGAAAUCGCAGCCCAGGAAGAAAAGAAACGUCGUCAUGAUGUGAUGGCCCAUGUGUAUACUUUUGGACAAUGCUGUCCUAAGGCUGCCUCUAUUAUACAUUUAGGUGCUACCUCUUGUUAUGUUGGUGACAAUACAGACUUACUGGUAAUGAAGGAUGCAUUUAACAUAAUUCUUCCCAAGUUAGCUCGUUGUAUACAGCGACUAUCUGUGUUUGCGGAUGAAUACAAGUCAUUACCUACUUUGGGAUUUACACAUUACCAACCAGCUCAGUUGACAACUGUUGGUAAGCGAGCAUGUCUAUGGGUAUCUGAUCUGUGUAUGGAUUUGAGAAAUAUCAUUCGUGCUAGAGAUGAUUUGCGAUUCCGUGGAGUGAAAGGAACUACUGGUACUCAGGCUAGUUUCCUGUCCUUGUUUGAGGGCAAUCCAGAGAAAGUGGAUGUCUUAGAUAAACUAGUGACAGAAAUGGCAGGAUUUAAACAUUCCUACAUUGUUACUGGGCAGACAUACAGUAGAAAGGUGGACUUUGAUGUAUUAGCUGUCUUGGCAGGGUUAGGUGGCAGUAUACAUAAAAUAUGUACAGAUAUCAGAUUACUGGCUAACUUAAAAGAAGUUGAGGAACCAUUUGAAAGCGAUCAAAUAGGUGUGUAUGUUUUUAUACCUAAAUGUUUGAUGUCAUUGAUUUCUACACACAGGUUUACCAUCAUUUUGACAAAAUAUUCUUGGAAAACUGUUAUGGUGGAAUAGUAUUUUUUCAGACGCAUAUGUUUACCUGAAGCGUUCUUAACAGCGGAUAUUCUCUUAACUACAUUACAAAAUGUAUCAGAAGGUCUUGUGGUUUACCCGAAGGUUAUAGAGCGUCAUAUAAAACAAGAACUGCCAUUCAUGGCAACAGAGAAUAUUAUAAUGGCCAUGGUGAAAGCAGGAGCUAGUAGACAGGAAUGUCAUGAGCAGAUCCGUGUCCUAUCUCAUCAAGCUGCAGCUAAAGUUAAAGAAGAAGGCUUAGAAAAUGACUUGGUAGAGAGAAUAAAAAGAAGUGCCUAUUUUUCACCAGUUAGAAACAACCUUGACAGAAUAUUGGACCCCACAACAUUUAUUGGUAGAGCCCCUGAACAGGUUACACGUUUCUUAGAUGAGGAAGUGAAACCAGCUUUGAAACCAUUUGCACACUGGUUGGAUGAGAUUGCCGAAUUGCAUUUAUAAAGCUAGGGAAGUCUUCUUAAAAAUGUUGAUAUUCAUGUAAACCAUAUACCUUUGUGUUGUCUUUUAAAACUAAGCUGUUAGAAGAUGCAUCAUGUUUUAUAACGGGCAUACUCUGGUUUACUCAAUGUAAUACAUGUAGGCUCAAUAUAAUAGCCUAAGAUAGAAAAACUUGUAUCUGUAGAAAAUCAUUUUUAAAAAAAGAAGAUCGAAUCAUGCAUUUGCAAACAAAUUUAUACUUUAUCUUCUAUAUUGACAAAAUAUAAAAAUUAACAAAUUGAGCAAUGAACGAAUACGGGCAAGUGGAAACUGGUUGACUUGUAUGGAAACGUACAGUUGGUUUACUAGCUAUCCAAGUGGUAUUCCAGCCAGGCUGCAAUCUAAACAAAUGAUUAUAUCAAGUUGUGAUAACCACACACAUAAUCUACAACAAUGUUUAUUUUAAUAAUAAACAUUGAUUUGCUUAGUCAGUUAUCAUAAAUCAUGAAAUUCUUUUAUGUUUCAGAGAUGCCAAGCAUUACGAUUUCAGCGUAAUUAUUACAAAAUUGAGGGCUCGAUUACACUAUUACGA